UUUUUGUGUGGUAUAGUUGUGAGAUCGGUGAUGAUAUAAAAAAAGUGUUUGUUAAUUAAGUUUUUUUUUUCUUCAAAAAUUACUGUUUUGAACAUAAUUUGUUUUUUAAUUAAAGAAAAUGGAUGAAAAUAUUUCACAAAAAAUGUAUGCUGAGCAUAAAACCAUGAAUGGUCAACAAUCAAAUCCAUCGUUUGUACCGGAUGAUCUAGGAAGUUUUGCACCGAUCACUGAAAAGAACAUUUAUAAGCAAAAACAAGCACCUGUCUAUGUAGUAGAGUUGCAAGAUACCAAAAAAACGCCGAAACAAACUGAAGAUUAUGACCCAUACGUAAACCGCCAACAUGUUUCUCAUCCAACAUCAAAUGUUGAAACUUUAUUACAUCUGUUAAAGGGAAGUUUAGGCACUGGCAUUCUUGCCAUGCCUAAAGCUUUCCAUAAUUCGGGUUAUGUUGUGGGUAUUGUGGGUACGGUACUCAUUGGUCUACUUUGCACAUAUUGCAUACAUCUUUUAAUAAGAGCACAAUAUGAAUUAUGUAGAAGAAAAAAAAUUCCAAGUAUGACAUAUACGCAAACAGCCGAAGCGGCUAUGUUAGAGGGGCCACCACUAUUUAGAAAAACUUCAAAUUAUAUGGUACAUAUUGUAAACGCAUUUAUUCUGAUCUACCAAUUGGGAAUAUGUUGUGUGUAUGUGGUAUUUGUUUCCGCCAACAUUAAGGCUGUUGUGGAUGAAUACACUGAACAUAUAAGUGUACGUUACUAUAUGUUGAUGAUUUUAAUUCCAUUAAUAUUAAUUAAUUGGGUACGAAAAUUAAAAUUUUUGGCACCGUUAUCAACAUUAGCAAACGCCAUAACUGUUGUUACAUUUGGAAUUAUAUUAUAUUAUAUUUUCCGUGAACCAAUCAGUUUUGAAAAUCGUGAAAUGGUUGGAGAAUUGGAUCAUUUUCCAUUGUUCUUUGGUACCGUACUGUUCGCUUUAGAAGCUAUUGGUGUUAUUAUGCCAUUAGAAAAUGAAAUGGAAACUCCACAAUCAUUUGGUGGACCAUGUGGAGUUUUAAAUCAAGGAAUGUUCACAAUUAUCAUAUUAUAUGUGGGUAUGGGAUUCUUUGGUUAUUUGAAAUAUGGCGCAGAAGCAGAAGGUUCAAUUACACUCAAUUUGGGACAUACAGAAAUGUUGGCACAAUCAGUUAAACUCUUAUUAGCGUUUGCCAUUUUCAUAACACAUGCUCUUCAAUGCUACGUAGCGGUUGAUAUUACGUGGAAUGAUUACAUCAAACAACACAUUAAGAAUAAGGAGCACAAUAAAUUUUAUGAAUAUGCUUGGCGAACUGUAUUAGUUCUAAUCACAUUUUUGUUGGCUGUAGCCAUUCCAAAUUUAGAAUUAUUCAUAUCACUGUUUGGUGCUUUAUGUUUAUCAGCACUUGGUUUAGCCAUACCUGCAUUAAUCGAAUCUUCCUUAUGGUGGUAUCAUAUAAGUGGUUGUGAAUUUUACUUUAUGUGUUUAAAAAAUACAUUCUUCGUUAUUUUUGGAAUAUGUGGAUUGGUUGUCGGUACAUACACAUCUUUACGAGAUAUUAUACAUGAAUUUUCAUAAACACAAAAUACAAGUAUCACACACAAAAAUCUGAGAAAAAUUCACUUUU